AUGGCCGCCUCCGCGCGCUGGCCUUGGCCGGCCUGCCCCGCGCCCGCGCCGCUUGGCCCCGGCGCGCCCGCCGACUCGCCAUCUCCUCGCCGUCCGCCCGCGCCAACCCCCGCUCUGCCUCGCGGGCCCCUGCCGGGUCAACGCGCCCACGCGUCUGCCCCGCCGGGUCGCCGCGCCCGCCGGUGGCCGCCUCCGCCUCCGCCCGCGGCCGCCUGCUUGCUUCGGCCGGCUCCCGCAGUCGCCGCGCCCGCCUGUGGCCGCCUCCGCCUCCGCCCACGGCCGCCUGCUCGCUUCGGCCGGCUCCCGCUGUCGCCGCGCCCGCCUGUGGCCGCCUCCGCCUAUGCCCAUGGCCGACUGCGGCUCCGCUCCCGCGCCGGCUGCGCCGGGCCCGGCCGGCUCCGGCCUCCUCCCCCGCCCUGUGGCCGACCCCCGCUCGCCCGUUGUCCGGCCCGGCCAGCUGCCGGCUCCCGCAACCCGGACGGCCGGUUCCGCACGCGCCCCCGCGGCCGGCCAGACUCGCCGCCCCACCUCCGACCUCCGGCCAGAGCGCCCCCGCCUCCGGCUCGGUUUCGUCCGCGCCUCGGUGCCUGCCCCGCCUCGCGGCCUCCUCUGCCUGUGCGCCCCAUGGCCGGCUACGCCAUGCCCGUCGGAGGCCGGCUGCGCCCCGCACCGGCUCGCGCCUGCGUCGGCCGCUUACCGCCUCGGCCGUGGCCUUCGCUGGCCGGCUGCCUAGAAGAUAGAGAGGGGGCCGGCUGA